AAAAUUUGUUCUGUAUUAACAUCUCCGGUUAAGUAUCUCCCAUUGUCUCUCUCUCCCCCCUGGGAAACCCUAGUCGAGAGCUGCGACCAGUGUCCUUAAUCCUUAUCGUGUUGACACUAAAAAGGUUUCUCCGGCGCUCGCUUCGAAGCAACCGAUGACACAUUUUCCUCUACCCGAUUGACCGACUGCUCGAUCCAUCGGCCUGUCGAGCUUCUCAAAAUGGCAGAGACUUCGAGGUCUCGUGUCACAAUCACCUUGGGCCGUACCGGUCAGGUAGUAAAGAGGGCAGGAGCCGCAGGACAAGGGGGAAAUAGUGGUUUUUCCGACUCUCACCCCGCUGUUGGAAGUAAACGAUCCGUUAGAGAUAGAUUAGGAAGUAAUGUCGAAGGAAUCCAGCUCAACAAUAAACGGCAACGGGGAGAUGGUAAUAAAUUGAUGAUGAAUGGUGGUAAAACUAAAGGUUUAGAUGAUCGCCUUGGGAAAAAUGAUCUUCGACUCAAACUCAUGCGAAAAAAUUUGUCAAGGCAAGUGGAAAGCGAUAAGCGGAAUGGCGUUGACCUCCGCGAAACCCUGUCAAGGGUAGCUCGGCCUCGGCCUUCUGCAGUGGGUGGCAGCAUACGGCAGCACGCACCUGAGCCAACUGAUUCUAGGCAUUUUGUGCCUGAGCGGAAAAAUGUAAGCAUGUUGGGGCAAAUUCCUUCCAUGAGAAGCUCAGAUGCCUUUCUCCGGAUGGACUCUUUGAGAAACUCUUAUUCACCUUGGACUUUAGAUAGCUUGAGGCAAAGAUCACCCGAUAGAGUCGUACGUACUUCUAGGAAUCUUUCACCACUGAGGAAUGAUGAACAAAUUGGGAAAAGGCCAUUAAUCAGGACAUAUGAUGAUGCCAGAAGAUUUUCAUAUUUGAGCAGGGAUAUCCUUGAACCUAGGAGGCCCAUGGGCACCUCACCUUAUAUGACAAGACCACCAGUUUCCGCUGCAUCUGUGAAGCCUGUAGUGCCACUGCCUGCCCCUCCCCCACCAAGUGGCAUUGCGCAGAAAAGUUCAUACACAGUGCAAGCUAAUGAACAUCUUACUGUUGAUGGCUUGUUGCACUCGUUGGGAUUAGACAAAUAUGCCAUAUAUUUUAAGGCCGAGGAGGUGGAUAUGACUGCACUAAAGCAGAUGGGAGACAAUGACUUCAAAAACUUGGGAAUACCUAUGGGUCCAAGGAAGAAAAUUCAGCUUGCCCUGCUUCCCCAAUCCAAGCGAUGAAGUUCCCAGCAUCUUGCUCCUGCCGUGUUUUUCUAGGAAAAGUUUUCUGGAUAUCGGGGUCCAAAGAACUAAAUUCAGCUUGCCCUGCUUCCCCAUUCCAAGCGAUGAAGUUCCCUUCAUAAACAUAAAAUAUAUGUGGACCAUUUGUGCUUGUCAUGGAUGGAAAGAUCUUCUCAAGAUUAGUUUUCGUGUUUUGUGUUUUUUUUUUCAAAUUUGGGCUAUAUAGUUCACACAUCCCCUCGGUAUCUUGGCCCCUAAUGAAUCAGCUCUUUGGUUCUUACA